CUGUAUAAAUAGCAAAGAUUCCCAGCCAAAGUCACAGUGUCUUCCAGCCUCUCAACCAAGCUAAGGAUGUCUCCUAAAUUCGCUCUUGCAAUUCUGCUGCUCAGCUGCGUUCUCCUAGGAAUGGCGAAUGCCCAGCAAAACAGGCGCCCUCAUCAGUCUAGACCUCCCCGACCAAACAUCGGACUCCGAAUGAAUCAGGAUGGUCCUUUGCCACCAAAUUACCCCCCUCCGGCUGAGGAUGCUGAAGCCAGUGGUGGUUCUGCCACCGUGGAUUGCGUGCCCAAUCUACUGGCUGGUAACAUCCGUGAUACCAGGAAACCUAGGCCCAAGCCUUAGUUGGAAGCCCGAAAAAUUGUACUGCCGAAGCGAAGAGAAAUGAGGAAAGAGGAACGCAGAUGGCGUCCACAAUAAGUGGUACGAAAUAAGAAAUUGAUGUUUAUAUGAUAUUCCAAAAAUGCAUUUACACUCUAAAAAC